AUGGAGGAUCCUUUUUUGAUUGUUAAAAGUCAGGUAGAAGAUGCAUUAGUGAAUGCAACUAAUUUAUUCGAAUCCUGGAAAAGAAUUCAACAAACUGUGUCAUCGCCGAGAAAUCAAGAGCUUUUAUGGACAGCGGAUGAACUAAAUUCGUCAUUAGAAGCUAUUGAGCUAGAUAUUGAAGAUUUAGAAGAAGCUUUACAAGCAGCUCAACAAAACCCUUCACAAUUUAAUUUAACAGUCAAUGACUUGAACAAUAGAAAAUCGUUUUUAACUCAAUCUCGAAACACUAUUCAUAAUAUGCGUAAAAUAAUGGCUAAUCCACCCAGUAAAAAGCCAUAUUCUCCUAAUGAUCAAUCUAGUAGUAGCUCGUAUCAGGCAGCACGACAGAAUGAUAAUAGUUUAUUUAUUGAAAGUCAACAACAGCAUCAGAUGAUGAUUAUGCAGGAUCAAGAUCAACAUCUAGAUGCUAUCGGUGGUACUUUAGUUAAUUUAAAGGAGAUUGCAGGAACAAUGAAUCGAGAAAUUGACGACCAAGUCAUUUUAUUGGAUGAUUUGGGAAACCAAGUAGAUCGUUCUGAAGGAAAACUAAAAAGUGCAAUGCGAAGAGUUACUACAAUACUCAAGCAAGAAGAAGGUAAACCACACAUUGAUAAUUAA